UUCUCCAUUCAAACCCAAAGACUUUUUUUUAAUUUCUUUCUUUUAAACCUUAUAUAUACACAUACAUUAAUAACUUCAAGAGAUAAGCUACAAAGUCCCCACCAACCAUAUACGCGACCUCACACACAACCACAAACACACACUCUUUUCUUGUUGUGGUGCUUCUCCUUAUUCUCUCUUUCUUCUUCAUGUCUGUUGAACCUAAGGAACUUUACUACCAGGACCUUGUCCUAGACCCCAAUAUUAAUAAUCAACAUCAGGGCACAGAAGCAGGAUCUAAUAAUACUAUGUACGAAAAGCACUUUUCCUCUACCAUAAUUCCUUCAGAUUCAACAGCAUAUGAUUCAUCACAAGCCUUUGAUCCCUCUUACAUGAGUUUAACUGAGUGUUUGCAAGGGGGCAUGGACUACAAUUCACUUGCAACUUCUUUUGGCCUUUCUCCUUCCUCGUCUGAGGUUUUUUCUUCUGUUGAUGGGAACCAAAAGCCAGCAGUAGAAGGAGGAGAUGGAGGUGGUGGUGGUGGUGGCAGUGAAACCCUUGCGACCCUUAACUCUUCAGUCUCUUCUUCAUCUUCUGAAGCCGGGGCUGAGGAAGAUUCUGGAAAGAGCAAAAAAGAAAGGCAGGUGAAAACAGAAGAAGGAGAAGAAAACUCUAAGAAAGGGAACAAGGAGAAGAAGAAAGGAGAGAAGAAGCAAAAGGAGCCAAGGUUUGCCUUCAUGACCAAGAGUGAGGUUGAUCACCUUGAAGAUGGAUACAGAUGGAGAAAAUAUGGACAGAAAGCUGUCAAGAAUAGCCCUUACCCAAGGAGCUACUACAGGUGCACAACACAGAAGUGCACAGUGAAGAAACGCGUGGAGAGGUCAUUUCAGGACCCAACCACUGUGAUAACAACGUAUGAAGGUCAGCACAACCAUCCGGUCCCCACUUCUCUCAGAGGGAAUGCGGCUGCGGGAAUGUUCACACCUUCUUCUUUGCUAGCCACACCAACUCCACUUGCAGCCGGGUCAAACUUCCCCCAAGAUCUCUUCCUUCACAUGCAUCACCCUCACCACCAAUAUCACAUUCACAACAACCUCUUCACCACACAGUCGACUACAAACACUACUACUGCUACUACUACCACUCCAUCCUCGUUUUACUCUUCCUAUAACAACAUUAACAACUCUCUUCUUCACAACCAGUUUCUUCCUCCGGAAUACGGCCUCCUUCAAGACAUAGUUCCUUCCAUGUUCCACAACAAGACCGGCCACCAUCACCAGAAUUAAUUGAUAUCUAUCCAUGCAAAACGUACUCAUUCUCUCUAUUUAUAUAUGAUAUCUAUAUCUAUAUAUAUCGAUAUUUGGCCUUGUUUAUGGUCCACUUUGUAUAUAUAAUUAAUUUGAAGAGAUAGAGUUUUUUGUUUAGUUAUGUGAUUCUGACUCAUUACACAGUCUAGCCUGCUUUGUUUUCGAAGUGCGUUAGCUAGCUUGGCAUCGAUGAUCUACUAUAUUUAGUGGGGGUGGAGACUGGUUUAAAGGAAAAUUAAAUCAUGGGGUACGUGUUUAGAGGGGCAUAAUUAUUAUAAGUACUUGUUAGAAACAAGAUCUUUUUUAUGUAUAUUAGUCAUGUGUAUGCAUGCAGCCCAUUUGGGAUUUUCGCAUCCAGUGGCUAGUGUAACGUUAUUGAUCUGAAUCUGAUUGAAAUUAAUAUUACUUUGAUGAGUUGGAGGACAUCA